GCUCAAUUCGAAAUGUAAACGGUAAACGAAACAGAUUCGCACAAUUGUCUUCGAUAGUGAUCGGCUAAACUGAAAGAUAUAUCACUUGUUUUAAUUUAGUGUUCCACAAUAAACCAACAAUGGAUAGACCAAUGACCCUAUCCGAAUACAGCAACUGGCAGCAGAUGAUCUGCGUUGAAAGCGCCAAUUGCGCCCGAGCAUCCGCCCAACUGACGAGACGUGUUGAAAAAGCCGCCACCUUGAAAGAGACCCUCCAGAACAAAAUACAGGAAGGCAAUCGAACAAUAAAUCAGCUUGAUCAGGAAAUCGGCGAGAUGGAGAAAACGAUCAAACCGGUGCAAGACUGCAUAACGGAAGCAGAGACAAAAUUGGCCGCACUUGUGGAGGAAAAUGAACGACUGAAGGCGAGGCUAGCCGAAUUGGAAGCUCCCGUUGAGAAGGUUUCUUGCACUGAAGAUACAUCCGAAGGCCUUCGGGGGAUGUUGGAGAAAGAAUGUGCAAAACUUGCAUUUUUGAAACGGUGCCUCGUCCAAUGUUUAACACCGGAUAAUGUUUGGGAUGCCCUGCCUAGUUUGCUGGCACGUGAUAAACUGAAGGAGGUGGUUAAGGCGGCUACCGGUGAUCUCUCGGUUUGGCACGAACUGCUGAAGGAAGACUGAUGAGAUUUUAUUGGUUUGUGGAGAGUGGAUUUUUUCUGUUGCAUAAACACUUAUUUAUAAGCAGCUCACAGUUUUCUCGAGCAUUAAACUUAGAUUUGUAACCUUGUUAUUAUAAUAUAAAUAAAUCGUACAUAGAA